GUAUUACAUAAUGGUGUGCACAUAUCAACUUACGCGAAAUGUUCGGCUGGAGAGGUUGAUCUGACCCAUGAAAUCAAUUGCCAGUAAUACACCAAUAAUCCACAAUAAAUGUAAUAUCGAUUCGAUGGACUGUAAUGAUCUAUAUCUAAGCCUUCAUUCAAUUAGAAGUGACUAUUAGGACUACCCCUUCAAAGAAACAAACAAAAAUCAACUUCGAGCUGCCGAUCAGGGAAAAUAUGGCUUAAGAAAUAUUCCGCCCCUCCCCUAGCGAAGGCUGGAUCCGCCCCUGAAUGGCGCACCAUUGGCCGGCUUGGAGUCUGUGUCUUCGUUGGUACGACAACAUUCAGGGAACAUUCCCUUUGUAAAGGCCAACAAUUAUCCCACAUUCCUCAAGAGUGGUCAUUGUGAAGCACCUGCAUGCGUGAUCUCAUUUAGAUGCACACAAUCCGAAGACGAUGACCCUAGUCAAACAUGACUUGAUCAAUCCCUCUCUUAAUUGGAGGUCAAUUAUGUUCUGCAACUGAUCAGGCAGGAAAGCUGAAAUCAUUCCGGGGACCACAGUGUCGGAUUGAGCAAUGUCUUACCAGCUUUUACCGGGGAAAUCAUUGUCUUUUCUUGGUGGCUACAUGAAAACAGAAAGAAACUGCUGCUCAUUGCGUCGGUUCUUUCUCAAAAGGAGCAUGCAAAUGGCAACCUGCUACACAGCAAAUAGGAAGCUAUGGCUUACCAUUUUUGUGAUACUUGCAAUCUUGUCAGGGUUGCACCUUGGCAUGAGGAGCUCGAUGAGGUGGACAGAUCCUUACAGAUUGCGGCAUCGAAUUCAAAUAAAAGACGUGCGUGAAGUCGUUGACGAUUCGACAGUCGAAUGGGAUGUACUGGAAGCGGAUGAUGAAUGCACAGAAGAAAAUAUCGAGGAGGACGAAUUGACUUCUUAUGGAAAACCGAUUUAUGGGAAGAAUAAGACUGUGUUAUACCUGAGCAUCCCCAAAACUGGUACCCGUACGGUCGUGUGGGCAUUAGAGCGCCUACGAGAAGUACACCACUUUGGGAACCUGGUACCUAUCGACUACUUGAUUGAGAAUAAUAUAACUUCAGAAGUUAACAAGUAUAUGACGUCGAAAAUAACGGAAUCUGAGGAUGGCGCUGUCCUCCAUGGCCAUUACCGCUAUAUCGACUUGAGUCGCUCGCCGAAGAAACUGAUUCUGAUGAGCAUGAUACGAGACCCAAUUGAUCGAUUUGAAUCUCAUUUCUACUUUUUGCGGCACGGUGACGUAACGUCAGACAAAGAAAAGCUCUUGAAGUUGUUCGACCGGCCUGACUCAAAAUUGGCACUUCCAAACGAGACGCUUGAUGACUGUGUCGAGAAAAACAGAAGAGAUUGCACACACGAUUUAUUUCGUCACAUGUAUAUUACAGCAUUCUGUGGAUACGCCCCCGGUUGCAGCGAAUCUCCAUCGUUUGCCUUCAAUGAAGCUAAACGGAACGUUGACAAGUUCCUAGUGAUUGGUGUAACAGAAGAGUAUGACCUCUCCAUGGCCGUAUUCGAAAAACUACUUCCGGAGACAUUUGGAGGGGUAGCAAAAAUAUAUGAGGAGGGCAAAAGUCGACCGAUGACAAUGUUCAAAACGACUUACAAGAAGCAUCCUUCAGACAAAACCUAUUCCAUUUUAAAACAGCGAAUGAAAUACGAGUACCAAUUUUACUAUUAUGUGAAGAGACGACUACACAGAGUGGCAAGAAAACUGGGCAUUUGGAACUGCUCUAAUGUGUAACAGAUACAAUUGAAAUAAGGAUCACCUUUAGAAAGAAUAUCGUGAUUUAAAAAAAAACUGUUGUUCAUGCAGGGGUUCUUUGUACAUUUCUGCUGAGCAUGCUGAGCAAGGGUUAGCCAAUGAGCAAUAUUCAUUUUUUUUUCGGAGCAUCAACACGGAGAACGUAUUUUUGUUCAUAGGUAUAAGGUCUGUCUGUUAACAAUUUUGGCAGAAUAUAAUUUCGAAUUGGUUUGUUUUAGAUUUCUUUGAUUUCUUUUUUUUUUUAUUAGGCCUUAUUUCGAAAAAAACCCCACCUUUUUUAAAUGAAUGGUACUGAAGUUGAUCUCUCCUGUUUUUGUCGAAUUAUGUGUUUGACUUUGUUUUAAUUUGACAUAGAUUUCAAAAUAGAAAUUAUACUCCUCUCCUUUGAAAUUCUACAUUUUCAUAUUUUCAAACUAUUUCGAAAACUUUCUAUUACGGCUUAUAUCCCCCCUAUCCAACAUUCAAUAGAAAUUACGAAUGAAAAGCAAUUUGUCACGCUCUAAAUAGACUUACCUCGAAAGAUGUAUUGGUUCUUUUUAUAAAAAUGAAUAGUUUCUAUCCAUUAAAAUGACAAGAUAAUUGUCAUUAAAACAAGAACAAGAAUCUGUUUCUUAUUCUAAAAUAGAAAACGUCUAUUCAGUGCCCCACAGACAAGGUGUGUGUCUUCAAUUCUGACUGAUUUUUUUUAGAGAUCACAACACCAACUUUUAUGCAACCGGGCCCUGAAACUCAGGAACACCAUGUUACCUAAUAUUGUUAGGAGGUAUUCGAUUAGGAAGACGAAAUUUCUCAAAUCUAACUAGAAUAUGAAUUAUUAUCUCUUGUUCAAGCUUGACCAAAUUCAUAUGACAGUACCACUCAAUGUAUUUAUCAACCAUUGAUAUUACUGUUUAAUUUCUUGUAGUUAAUCUCGGAAUGUUUUGAACCUGAACAUUUUCAAAAUGAUGAACGCGUAUGAAAUAUUAUUGAAUUAUCAUCAAUGACAGGUGUGUUAUUUUGUUGUAUUUAUAUAGAGUUGUGUAAAUGUAUAUUGAUCAAGUGUGGUUUAAGAAACCUUUCCACAAUAAAAAAAAAAAAAGAGAUAUGAGAUGCAUUUUUCCAAUUUAUUGUGAUUUAAAAUGCCAGACGCCGGAUGGUACUGGUGGACACCUCCCCAAACGCCAUCACAUUAAUAGCGAGGAAAUGGGUCAGGGGCUCGGGGCUUUACAACACGAUACAAUAUCGGACAGAAUGCCUUUUUCCAAUUCUCCAUCACAAUCUGCCACAUUCUGGCACUCUUUCACACUCUCUUCCCCACCUUCUUUCCAAUCCCUUCACUCGUCUCUUCCACACCGUCUCCCCCCCCUCACUUAUCUAUGCCACACUCUCUCCCCCACCCUCUUCCGACCCCCUCACUCAUUUCUUCCACAGUCUCUCCCCCACCCCUCACUCAGUCCUUCCACACUAUCUCCCCCUCACCUCACUUAUCUAUUCUACACUCUCUCCCCCACCCUCUUCCCAUUCUCUCAUUUCUUUCCCUCCCCUCACUCACUUCUUCCACUCUCUCUCCCCCUCCCCCCACUCAUCUCUUCCACAGCUUGUCCCCCCAUCUUCUUCCCCACCCCCUCACUCAUCUCUUCCACUCACUUCCCCACCCCUCCCUCAUUACCUCAGGGGUGUGAGUGGUCACAAAUAAAAAGAUCUCAAAAAAGCUGAAGA